UCCGACGUAGCUCCAGCAAAGUUAUUGGAUUUUAAAGGUACUUGAUCGCGAAUUGCGCCAAUCCUAAGGGGAGUCUUUUCUCUUUUUGUUUGCUUUCAGGCCGGUGAAACAAUUAGCUGGAUGCAGUUUCGCGAUGGGAAAGCGAAAUAAACAAAAGACAGCUUUGAACGCGUCCGGUGAUGAUUCUGUAGCAUCGAAGCAGGUGUUGGAGCAGCCUGCCCCAAGCGUAGAAAAUGAUCAAGUCGAAAGCGAUCGAUUUGAAAUACCUCUCCAUUCCAAGCAAGCAGCGUUCGCUUUGCUGUGGCUACUAGUGUAUAGUUUCGGAAUGUUUACCCUCCCGUUCUUAGCUUUUUACGGGACGCGAUAUAUUCUAACGCACAACUUUCACGUGGAAGGAUUCGCCAACACGUGCGGGUCAGUUCUGGCUGCCGUUCUGAUGGUCAACGUGAUCAUUGUGUUGUACGCCAUAAGAGGAUUCCAGGAGGCGGCGGAGGACGAACGCGAAGCCAAAAGCGAACAGACGGAACAGAAGGAAGCGAAGGAAGAGUCGAAAAAGAGCAAAUGAAACUUAACAGUAUUUUAGAAAAGCGUGUUUAGGAAAGCGUGAAGUUUAGUGUGUGAAUAAAUUUUAAGAUUUUACUCCCCUA